UGCUGACAACGCGAUUUUUUGAUGUGCACCUGCCGAUCAUCAUCACUCAUCAUUUUUGAUUUCUGUAUUCAGUAAAUUGAAAAUGAAAUAUUUUCGGUUUCUGUGUGCCAUCUUGGCUAUCAUCGGAUCCUUUCACUUGGUGACCAGUGACGCCAUUGAAAACCUGAAAACAUGGAAACAUGCUGAAGAAGUAGCACGUAAUUUGACAGAAAAACCUGUAAUCGAACGAAAACUUGAGAUUGUAAAAAAUGAUCUACAAAUGGAAGUCUUGGCUCAACUGCUGGACAUCUACGUUCUCAAUUCCACAAAUGUGACGUGUCGACAGGCGAGUGAUUCUUAUCGCGACGCGUUGAUAAACUUUGAACCUUGGGCAUUGAAAAUGUUAGAUGCAUCAUCAAAAUUGCAAGCGGGAUUAAUCGCCGGUAAUCGGAUAGAAUUCGGUGCUUUUCAGCAGUGCAUCGACGUGGAAGCAAUCACUGAUCACAAUGGCGGCGGAAUACGUGGUAAACACUGUACAAUUCCUGUGCUGCCAUCUGAACGUAUGCUUAAGAAAAUAUUCAGUUACAGGGGAAUCACAGAGAAGGCUUAUAAAAACAGAAAAAGUGUUUACUAUAAUGUGACAUAUGUUUGGUCAUUGUGUAUGCCAGAUGCAUGUGGACCAAAGGACAUAAUCGAACACUUCCGCUCAACAGUCAAUGAACUUGUAGAUGGAUUAGAGGUGACGUUUCUUGAUGAUGAGAUAAAGUGUAAAACUUAUGAAGAUAUUGAUGAAGCUUUUGAUGGAAAAGAAAUUACAGCAUUGAGUAUAGUUGGAAUUUUAAUGAUAGUGGUGGGAAUAUCUACUUUUAUGGAAAUGUACAAACGAUACUAUGAAAUAGACCGCAAAGGAUACGAAACGUUUUUCUCGAUAAUAGCAAACACUCGGUAUAUAUUUCAAUACAACAAAAAUCAUAAAAAGAUGGCGUGCCUCAACGGUAUCAGAGUAUUUAGUAUAAUGUUAGUCGUCGCUGGGCAUCGUUUCCUGCUUGGGUUUUUCCAUUCGAACACCAACGGUUUUGAAGCUUUAGAUUGGAUGUUAAACCUGACUUCACAAAUAAUUCUCCGUGGAACUGUAGCUGUUGAUUCGUUUUUAAUGCUGAGUGCCAUUCUGGUCUCGUAUAAUUUUUUCCUUCAACAUGAAAAAGGUGUACCUUUUAAUUUGCCGAAAUUUUAUCUGAAUCGGUAUUUACGUCUGACGCCAUCUUACGCUUUCUGGAUUUUUCUCGUCGUGUGCUACAGUCAUCGUAUUGGAAAGGGUCCAGAAUGGGAUUCGCAGUGGUACGAUGUGCAGCAACCUUGUAAAGAUUAUUGGUGGUCUGCGCUCUUGUAUUCGCAGAGUUAUGUCAAUCCAAAGGAAGUGUGCAUCUUACAAAGCUGGUAUCUUAGCAUUGACAUGUUCUACUAUGUGUGUGCGCCAGUGUUUCUCAUUUUGAUAGCGAAAUACAAAAUGCUAGGCAUGAUCACGCUGGUUUUGUUGUAUUUUGCAUCUGUUGGAGCCAAUUUUGGUAAAGCAUGGGAGAGAAGAUACCCUGUACAGGCUUUAGUUGACUCUGAUUUGGUUCAUUCGGAUUACUUUACUGAAUUCUACACAUUGCCACAUAUUCGUGGUGCUCCCUAUAUCAUGGGCAUAGCUUUGGGAUACCUUUUGUUUAAAACUCGUGAUAAGAAAGUAAAGAUGUCGCCUAUGAUUGUUACCAUUGGAUGGACGCUGUCUGUGAUCAUAAUGUUUAGCGUUAUCCUGACAAAUCGAGUUUAUUUGGAUGAAGACUACAAGUUUGAUCGUUUCAGUAACGCUUUUUAUCAUGCAGCCCAUCGUUCUAUUUGGUCACUGGCAAUUGGCUGGUUGAUUUGGGCAUGUGUGCAUGGUUAUGGCGGCUUUGUGAACCAUCUUCUGAGUAGCGACGUAUUCGCCAUUUUAGCAAAACUAACCUAUUCAGUGUAUAUUGUUCACAUGCAGUUUCAAUUCUAUGAUUUCGGAGCGAUGAAAAUGGGCGGAUAUUUUUCAAAUAUGAGUUGGAUACAAAAAUCAAUUUCGGAUGUAAUACUUUCAUUCGUGAUGGGAUACUUUUUGGCUGUGACAGUUGAGUGUCCAAUAUACAGGUUGUAUUUGCUUAUGUGUGGGACAAGAAGGAAACCAGAGCCAAGUGCUUGAGAAAAAUGUUGGUCCUUGAUACGAACUUAAACUAUAAAACAAAUCGUUUGAUGUCUUAUGGCAUGAAUAAUAAAAAUGUUCGAUGUCUUCGGUUGUCAUUUCAGCAUUCAUUUUUGUUUGAUCACUUUUUCCAUGUAUUUACUGCGGUGUGUUAUUAAAAUGUCAAUUUCUA